UACAGUAGACAGUUUAAUCAAGGAGAUAUCACCGUAGUUUAAUUCAGUUCACAGGUUUCAGUCGUUAAGCAUGGUGCUGGUUCCAGUUUGGAUGUGGAGUUGGGCGGGCCUAAUCUUCUUGGGGAAAGUAUCAAGUGUUGGUGCUUCCAAUAUCUUGAUAUCCUCACUAUACGGGGAGGGCAGUCAUUUCUUGUUGGGUGCCUCUAUUGGACAAGGGCUCGUAGACAAUGGCCACAAUGUGACAUGUCUUAUUAGUAGAGCAUUCGAACACCGUACAUCCGAUCCAAAAUACACGAAUCUUUCCUUCGAGGUAUUUGACCAUCAUGACCGAUCCCUUGAAGAUGUACGAGACAUGUUCUACCGGUUUAACACAAAGGCAAUGGAAGGGGCCCAAGACCAGAUGAUGGAUAUUGUUUCACGUUUCAUGCGGACACUUACCAAAGACUGCGAAGCGAUAUUGAAAAAUGGCAUAUUGAUGAAACGCCUUGAGAAGAUGGACGCCAUUGUCAUGGACAUCACCUGGCCAUGUGGACUCAUGAUCAAGGAAAUGAUCGAACAGAACCUGAACUGGACCAGGAACUUAACGAUGGUAUCUGUUAGUCCGACUCCUCCACAAGCAAUCUUCCUUUACCUCAUGGGUUCAGCUUACAACCCUUCCUAUCAGCCAGAGUCCAUGUCAGGGAUUACCAACAAAAUGACUUUCUUUCAGAGGGUGUCUAACUUUCUACAAACCGCACAGUUCUUGAUCCUUGGCCAUUUCUUCACAGGACCUUUCUAUUCCGAACUUGCGAAGAAUGUUGGACUCAAUCCUGACAGUGCAGACUUUUACAAUUGGCAUAAAAGAAUUGAUUUGUCUCUCUUGAGCAUGGAUUUUUCGUCUGAAUUUCCAUUUCCUUUAGCUCCAAAUUUUAUUCCAGUCGGAGGACUAACUGCCUCUCCCGCGAAGGAACUAGACCAGGAAUUGGAAGAUUUUAUGCAGAGCUCAGGAGAUGAUGGCGUCAUCCUUUUUACUCUGGGGACCUACUUCUCCGCAGUUGCUAAACUCACACCGGGUUUUGUCGAAAUGUUUGCAGACGCUUUUGGAAGGUUACCACAAAAGGUUAUCUGGCAGUUGGUGGACCCACCUAAUGACCUUGAACUGCCGUCAAACAUUAAGUUAAUGCCGUGGGUACCACAAAAUGACUUACUAGGUCAUCCAAAGACACGAGUGUUCAUGUAUCAAGGAGGCAACAAUGGUUUCCAAGAAGCCUGUUACCACGGUGUUCCUAUCGCCAUCAUUCCCCUGUAUGGUGAUCAGUAUGACGUAGCAGCCAGAGUAGUAGGAAGAGGGAUGGGAAGAAAGCUGGAUAAAAACAACCUGAACGCCGAAGUUAUAUAUGGGAUUCUAAAGGACCUCAUCAAUGACCCAAAGUAUAGAAACGUCGCAAAACAUGUCUCGGCAGUCAACAGGAACAACCCAAUGACAGCUCGAGAAAGGGCAGCAUUCUGGAUAGAUCACGUGAUCAAAUAUGGCGGAGAUUACCUGAGAUCGCCUGCCGGAGAACUACCAUUUGUAGUUUACCACAGCCUUGAUGUGGUCGCGUUCAUUUUCUCAAUCAUUUGUCUACUUCUAGCAUUCAUUAGCUAUACUUUGCUUUUGUGUUUAAGAAGCUGUCGUAGAAUUGUUUUUAACACCAAUAAUAAAGAAAAGGGUGAUUGAAUGCAUUUGAAUUGAAAGCUAGUUUUUUUUUUUUAAUAGUUUGAACACCGUGAACCAUCGUGAUUAUUAGAAGUAAUUCAGAAGCAUCUUUCCUGGGGGCAGGGGAGGUAACACUCCAACCCCCCGUUUAUUUGUGAAUAUACAAUGCAAAUAGGCCCUGCAUGCUUAAAUAGUAUUGGAAAGCAAUAAAAUACUAUUAAACAAACAAAUAAUGUCAGUUUUCAACAUUGUAAUUCAACAUUGUACUUUGGCCUACAGAGCUCGCCCAAAAUUUUGUUGUUUUGUUGUUGUUUUUUCUUUUAAUUCCCUUCUGCCCCACAAAAAAAGGAUCGACUACCCCUAAGAAGUACAGUAUACCCAUGAAAAUGGUAAAUUAUACCUGCACCUCCUCCUCCUUGGCCUCCAACAUUAGAUAACAAUACAGAUAAUUGAAAACGUCAUAUGUUACCAACCUUAAAGUCUUCAACCACUAUAUAAUUUGAUUUUUAAAUGUAUUGUUUCUUACGUUGUGAGACCAUUCCCUAAAUUUGUUCAACGAUUCUUAGCAGGUGAGGCAAAACUUCUAAUCAGGGAAAAAUUACAAGAGGGUCCGGACAAUUAGGGCCCCAAAAUUGCUCAAAAGAACCCCGGAAUCUAAAAAAAAGGAGCACUCACCUGGAAAUCCCCAUUCAUCGCAAUGAUAAAUGUUAUCCACUGGCGGAUCCCGGGGAGCAAAGCAAGAACCCCCCCCCCCCUCUGAGAGGUAGACUUACAA